AUGCCGUCCAAUCUCCCGUCAAGCUUUGCCUCGGCCGCUGCCGGCCAGAAUGCCAACCGCGAUGCGAGGGGUGGCAGAAGUGAUGGAAGGGGAUCCGCUGGAGGCGAAUGGUCUAGGAGAGACGGCCGCUCAGCUAACGGUACCCUGACUUUCCGUCGUUCCUCUACCACGCCCCUGAGCCAGACCUCAAACCCUCCCCCUGCGAACGAUAAUGCCGUCCAGCUACCCACCGUCGAGGACCCCAUCCCACAGCCCACAACAUACGAAGUUGGUCCCUCACGUUAUACCAAGGAUGAUCUGCUUGAGAUGUAUCAAUCCCAGCGGCCUGGUGGCAAUCCCUCUCAUCUCUUCAUCUCAGGUUGGGAUCCAAGCAAUGCUAGUGGUAGUGGCGUAAGGGGCUGGGGAAAAAGCAACGAGAACCACGUGCCACAGGAUCCCGGCACCUGCUGGGAUUUCAACGGCGACACGGCACCCAUAGGAUUGUCGGGAUUCUCUCAAGACGAAAAAGAGGCCUUUUCUACCGACAUCAACUCGCCACUCAAGCCUCCUACGCAAGCUAAAGAAGGUCACCAAGCGGCAGUCAACGGCCGGAAACCAUCUCUUUCUCAUGCCCCAGGAAGCACAUUUGGCGUGAGCUCUCCAUCAUCCGCUGUCCGACCUGCCACCCGCCGACGAGAAACCGUCGAUUCCAAUCCGUUCAGCCCUACCAACAUUGCGUCGCCAACUGCCAGCCGGUUUUCGCGAGAUGACCCCCUGUGGUUUUCGCGAAAGCCCGGUGAAUUGAGAGAGUCAGAAAAUGAUGAUCCCGACAACACCGAACAGGCCCCGCGUGAUGUCCCAAAGCCGCCGAUUCCUGGUUUAAUGCGAGCCAACACGUCGACCGGUGUGAGCAUGACGUCAAUGUGGCCAUCAUCUACCGCGUCUAGUGCUGGCGCGUUUGGUAGCUUUGCCUUGCCCACUUCGCCAGCCGUUGGUGAUAAGCGACCGGGCGGUGCUCCGGGAGGCAGUCGACUUGCUCAUCUGAUCCCCAAGGACAAUACCGAAAGCGCGGCUAGCAAAUCGUCCGAAGGCCAGAACCCCCAACAGUCUUGGAGGACUAGGCCACGAACUGACACUGAUCCUUUCGGCGGCAGCGAGGAGGUGUCUGGCAUGUCCGGCAUGUCGGGUAGUGCUGCUCUCCAAGGGUCUACUGGAGAUUUUGGAAUGUCCAACCUAAAUUUGGGCGGCUCAUCAUCUGGCGACAAUGGUCCUGCCAGUCCUUCGGAGACAAACCCUUACCGGAGCCCCCCGACAGAACGCCACGAUCACGACGGACCUUCUGAUCAAGGCACUGGGGAUAGGGUUCAUAGCACUGGCCAUGAACAACCACACUCCAACUAUAGUACGCUUUCUAGAGGUUUUGCUGCUGCCUUUGACGGGAGCGAUCGUAGUCAGACGUCCAGCGUGGGCGCCAAAGCCGCCUAUCUGUCGUCUGGUUGGCCCGCGCCAGCUGGCCCGUCUACCGGAACCCCUGACCGUGAGCGGUCCAAUUUUGGAGGAGCAUUCGGUAGCUCUCUCUUUAGCCCUAUUGGUGACAUCCAAUCUCCCGGCUUGGGCAACCUCGGCGGCGUGUUUGGGCCAUCCAAUACCGGUAGCAUCGGUCGGCAAAGCAAGUUGGGAUCUCUGUUCCCUCCCGCUAUGCAGGCUCAGAUGCAUGCGCAUGAGCACGAAAGCAGCCUCUCCGACUCUCUUGGCGACCUUCGGCAGAGCAACCCACUCGGUGCUAUUGGCCGAGGCAACUUUACCGUUCCUACUCGAGACACAGACAGCCCCAUGAGAUCUAAUCGUGGGGUCUUUGAGGAACUUUUCCCCUCCAGCGAUAGCUCUAGAAAUCUCGCCGGGUUUGGAACCUCAGAUGCUGGACAGCCCGGCAUCGCUGCGGCAGUGCCCCAGUCAUUCACGCCAGUCAGUGGCGGAAUGCCGUUUGGGAAUGCUCAGGCUGGUGUAGAGCCCCCGUCUGCUCAAGUCCGCCAAAUGGUAAUGCCUGAUCGGAUGCGAUGGGUCUACCUUGAUCCUCAGGGGCAAAUUCAGGGUCCUUUUACUGGACUGGAGAUGAACGACUGGUACAAGGCCAACUUCUUUACUCCUGAUCUUAGAGUGAAGAAGGUAGAAGACCCCGAGUUUGAGCCUCUCGGCCAGCUCAUCAGGAGAAUUGGAAACUCUCGCGAGCCAUUUUUGGUCCCCCAGAUCGGAAUUGCUCAUGGACCUCCUAUGCAGAGUGGCCCCUUUGCACCUGGCGCUGGAAGUGGCAUCAUUCCACCCCUGAGCGGUGUAUUCCCAACGUUUGGCAGGACUCUCACUGCCGAAGAGCAAAACAACUUGGAGCGUCGCAAGCAAGAAGAGCAGUUUCUCAUGGCUCAACAACGCGACUUUAUGAUGCGACAGCAGGCCAUGGCCAAGUUCCAAAUACAGCCAAGCCUGCAACAUCAUUCCAGUGCUCAUAGUCUCCAGAGCCAACCAAGUUUUGGUAGCAUGACAUCGCCGCUGGGAGUUCCCCAGCAGCAACAUCACCAGUUGCCGCAUCAGCAACCCAUCGGAGGCCUAGGCCCGGCCACUGUUUUUGAUACCCACCCUGGUGCCGCCAAUCCCGCUGCUGUUCGCGCCGCUAUGGGAAACGGGGAGCUUUUCAGACCAGAAGACCUGGUUAACCUUUCGGCCAAUGAACGUCAAAUGCUCGUAUCCUUGCAGGGUGAGCCUGCCGGUACUGAAUCUGGUGCGCCUCAGCCCAUUGGGACUCCGGGCGACGCAAGUCUACGGUACGGUCUGCCAGAAGCUAACGAGCUCAAGGAGGACGAUGAAGGUUUCAAAGAUCGUUUAAAAGAAUUUGAAGAUCUACGCGCCGAGCAUGACGCCGAGCAAGCUGCUGCCGCGAUCGUCGAGGAAUCCCAAGAGAGCUCCGCAAAGCAAGAAGAAGCGACCGUAGCAACGCCCCCCUCCGUCGACCCGCGAAGCGAACCUGCCCCCUCAGCCAGCAAGCCAAGCAAAGCCUCUAAGAAGAAGGCUCCGACUGAGCCAGGAAUGCCGAUGCCAUUCCCCCCUCCAGCUUCGAUGACCCCCCUUCCCGCCCCAACGCCUCCUCCGUUGGCUCCGUGGGCCAAAGAUCCCGGUCAGGAGGGGCAGAAAGGCCCAAGCCUGAAGGAGAUUCAAGAGGCGGAAGCCCGUAAGGCGGCAAAGGCCGAAGAAGCUGCUGCUGCGCUCCGAAAGGCCGCGAUGGAACAAGAGGCAGCUCUGCUCAGAGAGAAGGAAAAGUCGGCGGCUGCCGCUGCUGCUGCUGCCAACGCUGGCCUCCCAGCGACCAGCACCUGGGGUCAAAGUUCACCCGUAGCAUCUGUCAGCCCCUGGGCUAAGCCGGGAGCUACCAAGGCCAAAGGAACGACACCUAGCGUUGCAUCUGGUGCGGCUGGAGCCAAGAAGACUUUGGCCGAGAUCCAGCGCGAAGAGGAGGCACGGAAGCUGAAGGCCAAGGAGGUCGCUAUUCAGACCGGCGUUGGCGCCCCUGUCAACACCGCUAAAAGCUAUGCCAACCUUGCUGGUAAGCCGAAUCACGGCUCCACGCCGACAGCACCCUCUCCCAUCUUGACCAGUGGAAGUGGUUGGGCCACCGUUGGAGCCGGUGGUAAAGUGAAGAGCCCAUCUACUGUCCCGUCUCAGCUUCAAAGCCGCUCAGUUAGCAGCACCAGUGUCAAGCCUGCUUUGGCCACCCCAGUGAAGCUGGCACCCAAGUCCAUUGUUAGCAAUGUCAGCUCUACCAACACCGCUAUGGAUGAGUUCAACAAGUGGGCCCACAGGGAGCUCUCGAGAGGGAUCACUGGCGUUAACGAUAUCACGAGCUUCCAAGCAGAUCUUGCUGUCCUGCCCCUCGACACUGGAUUGAUCGCAGACGCUGUGUAUGCUAACUCUACCACGAUGGACGGACGACAUUUCGCCGAAGAGUACGUUCGACGAAAGAAGCUAGCGGAGAAGGGUGUGGUUGAAAAGCAAACCCAGGCUGAGAGCAAGGCGUCGGUCUCCGGCGGCGGAUGGAGCGAAGUUGCCAAGAAGAGCGGUGCUACCCAGACCAGGGAAAGCGAGGCAGCGAUCCAGAGUGCCGACUUCAAGGUUGUUCCUGGCCGCAAGAAGGGCAAGAAAUGA